AUGUUACUGUUAGAAGAUGUACCUAUGUCGAAGACUGAAGUUGGUGUGGGCAACGGUAGCGGUGUGACGGAUACGACUCGGCGCGGGCGCUGCAAGUGGUUUAAUGUUGCUAAGGGUUGGGGGUUUAUAACCCCUGACGACGGCGGACAGGAUGUCUUUGUACAUCAGAGCGUCAUCCAAAUGCCAGGCUUCAGAUCACUUGGUGAUGAAGAGGAGGUGGAGUUUGAGUGCAAAGAGUCCGAUAAAGGACUGGAGGCUACUCGAGUCUCUGGACCAUCAUCUGUGGACUGUCAGGGCUCACACAGACGUCCGCUGUCCAAAAAACGCUUCAGGAAGUUGCGCUGCUACAACUGUGGCGAGUUCGCCAACCAUAUUGCAGCGAAAUGCAGUUUGGGGCCACAACCGAAGAGAUGUCAUAACUGCAAGAGCGAGGGACACUUAAUUGCCGACUGUCCUGUCAAGAUUGAGAAGAAAGAUGAAUCAAAGCAAUCGAGCAGUUCCCAAGGCAGCCAAGAGGACAACCAAUAA